AUGGCCCCCAUUUGUCUAGUGGAAAAUGAGAAAGAGCAGCUGAUGGUGAACCCCGAAGCAGUCAAAGCUCUUGAAGCAAUUACACAACCUGUGGUGGUGGUGGCCAUUGUAGGAAUGUAUCGUAUAGGAAAAUCCUACGUGAUGAACCGCCUGGCAGGACACAAACAAGGUUUCCCUGUCGGCAGAACAGUGUGGUCUCAAACAAAAGGCAUCUGGAUGUCGUGUGUGACUCACCCAACGAAACCAAAUUUCACCUUGGUCCUUCUGGACACUGAGGGUCUGGGUGAUGUGGAGAAGGGUAAUCCUAAGAAUGAUUCAUGGAUCUUUGCCUUGUCCAUUCUACUCAGCAGCACCUUUGUCUACAACAGUAUGGAAACCAUCAACCAGCAAGCACUGGAGCAGGUGUACUAUGUAACUGAACUAAGAGAGAUAACCAGGGCAAAGUCCACUAAGAAAUCUGAUGAAAUGGAUGACUGUGAUGAAUUUGUGAGUUUCUUUCCAGACUUUGUCUGGGCUGUUCGGGAUUUCAUUCUGGAGCUGAAGUUAAAUGGCCAGUCCAUCACAGAGGAUGAAUAUCUAGAGAAUACCUUAAAGUUUAUUCCAGGUAGGAGUUUGAAAAUCCAGUAUGCCAACUUGCUUAGGGAGUGUAUCAGGCAUUUCUUCCCAAAACGCAAAUGUUUUGUCUUUGAUCGAUAUACAAAAGAAAAAAACCUCUUAGCUUAUAUUGAAGGCUUGCCAGAAGACCUGCUGGAUUUCACUUUCCAAGUACAAUCCAAAAACUUCUGUUCCUACAUCUUUGCCAAUGCAAAACCCAAGACCUUAAGAGAGGGAAUUAUUGUCACUGGGAAACUUGAGUGACUGGGGACUCUGGUGGAGACUUAUUUCAGUGCUAUAAACAGUGGAGCAGUGCCAUGUUUGGAGAACGCUGUGACUACCCUGGCCCAUCGUGAGAACUCAGCAGCUGUGCAGAAGGCAGCCAACCACUAAAGUAGCCAGCAUAUGGCUCAGCAAUUGAGGCUCCCCACUGAGGACCUCCAGGAGCUGUUGGAUGUGCAUGCGGCCUGUGAGAGAGAAGCCAUCGCAGUCUUCAUGGAGUUAUCAUUCAAGGAUGACAAGUGGGAGUUUCAAAAGGAUCUAAUGAACACCAUAAAGAGAAAGAAGGAAGAUUUCAUCCAGCAGAAUGAAGAUGCUUCUGUCAAAUACUGCCAGAUGGAGCUCAAGAAAAUUUCCCAGUCUUUCAUGGAAAGCAUUUCCAAUGGCACUUUCUCUAUACCUGGAGGGCAUAAUCUCUACUUGAAAGGCAAGAAGAAGGUUGAACAGGACUACAAGCUAGUUUCCAGGACAGGGGUGAAGGCAAAUGAGGUUCUCCAGACAUUCCUGCAGUCCCAGGAUGCUAUAGAAAAAUUGAUCCUACAGUCAGACAAAGCUCUCACUGAUGGAGUGAAGGCCAUAGCAGCUGAGCGGGAUGCAAAGGAAGCAGCUGAGAAGGAGAAGGAGGUGCUAAGACAGGAACAGAAGGAGCAGCAGCAAAAGAUGGAGGCCCAAGAGAAAAGCUACAAGGAAAAUAUGGCCCAACUACAGGAGAAGAUGGAAAGGGAAAGAGAGUUUUUUAAUCUGAUAAGAGAUCAGGAAAAGAAGCUGGAACACAAGCUGAAGGUGAAAGAAAUGCUUAAAGAAAGAUUUAUAAGGGAAUAUGAGCAUAUGGAUACCGAGAUGCAUUCACUGAGAAAGGAGUUUGAAACAAUCAAAAAAAGGAUGCCAUGGGGUGCAACUCUUGGUGCUUUUUACAUCAGUCAGCCCCAGGAAGCCACACCCAAGGCUUCCAACCAGCGGCCACCUCCCAACACCUCUGCUGCAGACCAGCAUGCCUCCCCCUGCUGCAGUCCACACCAGCGUGCUCCUCGAACCUCUACCUUGUCCUCCCAGUGCCAGGACUCCCCACGCCGCCACAGAGGAGACCCUUCAGCAUCAGCAGAGCCGCACCUCCCUCCCCUGCCCACCUGCACCUGCCAACACCCAGACCCUCUGAAUGAGAACCUGCCAAUUCCAUCCAACCCACCACAGCACAGGCUCUGGGUCCAGCACACCAGCAGCUACAGACCUUGUGAGUAA